UUUUUUUUUUUGUUUUUGUUUUUUUUAUACGCAUAUAUCGAUCGAAGGUGGAACGUUGACCGGUUCUUUGUUCGCGGAAUGUGUGCGGUUGUGUGAAAUUUGCCACAUGCGCGAUUCUUCAUCAGCAAAUAUUAAAUAUACCAUAAAAAUUUUAAGGCCUAUUUUUCACCGAGAGCUAACGGAAUAAAAAGAAGGCUCUUGCCGUUUUACUUGACGGCAAAUUAACCGGAAGAGCCUGCGAUCACAACUCUAUCAUGCUAAUAACUGACAAUACGACGACAGGAGGCGGUGGUUUGAUGGUAAAUUCGAAUUCGGUGAACUCGAUGAACAGCGUGGAAGGAAAUAUGGACGGAUCGACGACUCCGAACCCCGUAAUGGCGACGCCGGGGUUAAAUAACGUCGCUUGGAAUAGACAACAAGCCGUAAGCGUGCGACAUGCCUUCAAAACGUACGGAAGCAGCAAAAACCCCAAUCAUGUGCUGCAGAACCUCAACAUGACAGUGGCCAAAGGCUCGAUAUAUGGACUCCUUGGUGCCAGUGGUUGCGGAAAAACAACACUUCUGUCCUGCAUCGUUGGUCGACGGAGGCUGAAUUCUGGAGAAAUCUGGGUCCUGGGUGGAAAACCGGGUACCAAAGGGUCCGGAGUUCCGGGUAAGCGUGUCGGCUACAUGCCCCAGGAAAUCGCCCUCUAUGGAGAGUUCACCAUAAGAGAAACGAUGAUGUACUUCGGAUGGAUAUUCGGCAUGGGCACAGCCGAGAUCGUCGAGAGGCUCAGAUUUUUGCUCAAUUUCUUGGAUCUGCCCUCGCAGAAUCGGCUCGUCAAAAAUCUCAGCGGUGGUCAGCAGAGGCGAGUAUCUUUUGCCGUGGCAUUGAUGCACGACCCAGAACUCCUUAUUCUGGACGAACCUACAGUGGGAGUCGACCCUCUCCUCAGACAAAGUAUCUGGAAUCACUUGGUACAAAUCACCAAAGAUGGGAACAAAACUGUCAUCAUUACAACUCACUACAUCGAAGAGGCUCGGCAGGCUCACAUGAUCGGUCUGAUGAGGAGUGGCAGGUUAUUGGCCGAAGAAUCACCGAGGGCACUUCUCACCAUGUACCAUUGUGCCUCCCUUGAAGACGUGUUCCUUAAAUUGUCCAGAAAACAAGGACAAUCCACCCAGCCCACGACAGAAUUAAACAUUUCCAACAACAUCAGCUUGGCCUCCUUGAACUGGGGGAAGAAAGAUGAACCAGUUUACGUGACUCAAGAGUCUGGAGUCGUUGGACUCAACUUCUACCAGAGCAAAGAAGUCCUCAUACACGAUACGACAAACGGCGUUGGCAGUCAUUACGACCUGAACGGAAAACCGCUGCCUGGAGUGAAAGGAGAUACUUCGGUAGAAUGCGAUGAUUGCGGAGACUUUACUGACUGCUACAAGAUUACCAGCAUAGGAAAAAUACGAGCCCUUUUGCAAAAAAACUUCCUCCGGAUGUGGAGAAACGUUGGAGUCAUGCUCUUCAUAUUCGCCCUGCCAGUAAUGCAGGUGAUCCUCUUCUGUCUUGCUAUUGGAAGGGAUCCAACGGGGCUGAAGAUCGCAAUUGUUAAUCACGAGAUGACCUGGGGAAACUUGAGCUGUCCAGUUGAGGGAAAUUGCAGUCUUUCGAACCUGAGUUGUCGAUAUAUAAAGUUUCUCGAUAACAAAACGAUGGUCAAAGAGUAUUAUCCAGACCCAACUUCCGCAAUGGAUGCUGUUCGUGCUGGCGAAGCUUGGGGGGCUCUUUACUUCACAGAGAACUUCACUGACGCUUUGGUAGCACGAAUGGCUCUCGGCCGUAUGGCUGACGAGGAAACCCUGGACCAAAGUGAAGUCAGAGUGUGGUUAGACAUGUCGAAUCAACAGAUCGGGCUAAUGUUAGCCAGAAAUCUGCAGUACACGUACAGGGACUUUGCGAAGGACCUUCUCGCGAAUUGUAACCAGAAUACCAAGUUAGCUGACGUUCCAAUCCAAUUCAAGGACCCCAUUUAUGGCUCGAACGAACCCAGUUUUACGGACUUUGUGGCGCCUGGUGUCAUUUUAACAAUCGUAUUUUUCUUGGCUGUGGCUCUGACCUCGUCUGCCUUGAUCAUCGAGAGGAUGGAGGGUCUUCUGGACCGAAGUUGGGUCGCCGGCGUUUCGCCUGGGGAAAUUUUAUUCUCUCAUGUCGUCACGCAGUUCGUCGUUAUGUGUGGCCAAACCGCUCUCGUCCUCAUUUUCAUGAUCCUGGUCUUUGGGGUUGAGUGCAAGGGUGAAAUCGGUUGGGUCAUCAUACUCACAAUCCUCCAGGGACUUUGUGGAAUGUGUUUCGGUUUCGUAAUUUCUGCAAUUUGCGAACUUGAAAGAAACGCCAUUCAAUUGGCGCUUGGCAGUUUUUACCCAACACUUUUACUCAGUGGUGUAAUUUGGCCAAUCGAAGGAAUGCCAACAGUUCUGCGAUACAUUUCUCAAGGUUUGCCAUUAACGAUGGCAACCACGUCGCUUAGAUCGAUGCUAACACGUGGGUGGACCGUCACGGAGCCUGACGUUUACAACGGUUUCAUCUCAACCAUAAUCUGGAUCGUUGUUUUCCUUACGAUAAGCAUGCUCGUGCUAAAGUUCAAACGAGGAUAAAGAUGACAUUAAGAGGUGCAAUCAAUUCUGGUAAUUGUUGCUGUCUGUGAGUGUGUGUGCGUGUGCGUGUGUGUGUGUGCGUGUACAGUAAAUUUUAAGGAUUAAAAAGAGACUAUAUGCCCUUUAAUUUCUCUCUCUCUCUCUCUCUCUCUCUCUCUCUCUCUCUCUCCUUCUCUCUGUCUUUUACGUCGUUAUGUUGUCGUCGGUGCAGCGGUAUGCAUAUGACCGAGAGAUCGUCGAAUGAACCAUGGAUAUGGAAAUUAUAUUAAUAAGCAAUCAACAUCAUAAGAUCGCAAAUAUUUAAGACCUUCUUUUAACUUGUCGCAAAUUAAUUUUCUUUACAAUAUCAAGAAAUUGUGGUAGUUUGAUAUUUGUUCUUUCUCUUUCUAUCUCUCUCUCUCUCUCUCUCUGCCAUUUACUCAGCUUUAUGAAUUCUAAAUUUGUGAAAAUUUUCUUUUUUUUUUUUAACUUCAUAAACGCUGAGGAUCAAGGUGCGUGUAUUUUGCACUUUUUUAUAUCGCAUUUAACUGACUCAAAAACUGCGAUUAUGGCAGAUUAGGGAAUCUGAAAGAGAAUUUCGCUGAAUCCCGAAACACUGUUCUCUCGUAUGUUAGUUUAAACACGACGACGACAACGAAACUGUUUGCAGUUUUUAGCUUAAAGUUAAGGAUACGCAAAGUUGCUCAAUUAUAAACACCUCCCCACUCUUUGUGGUUGGACAGCUAUUGAUUUUUCAUUUUUUUUUUCAUUCGUUUUUUUUUCUAUUCAUUUGAUCCAUAUUUUUCUUUCGUACCUACUUUUGCUAUUACAACGAUAUUCGUAUACGUGAUUUAUAAUAAAUACGCCGAUCAAUGAUGAAUAUGAUUUUGCAUAUACCGGGUGACUCGGAUUUAUACGAAUUAUUGCCAACAUUGCAGUUUUA